GGUAAAUUAGAUACUAUAUUAUUUUAUUUCGAAUGAAAAAGUGGUGGCGCCAUACGGAAACUUUUCCAGACUAAGUCUCCUAUUCCUAAGACCGAGUGCGACUGACAGUGGUAUCAUCUCGCAAAAUGUAUUGACACUGACAGGGGCGUGAAAUUGGGGAAUGUGUCACAUUCUGUCAAUGUCAGUUGUCACUGUGUGUGUGUGUCACAUUACAAUUCCUAAUUUUUAAGUUAAACCCCUGUGGAGAAAGGAAUGGUGAGGUUCGAUGUGAACUUUUUGUUUUCCAGUUUAAUGUCAGUAAUUUUGUUAAUCCAAGAUACAUUUUUCAAUGCAAAACAGAUUUGAAGCAGAAGGCAUGACGAUUCUGUCCUUAAAUCUCAGCUGGAACAUCUUUAAAUUUAACAGCAAGAUGUUAACAUCCUGCAGUCAGUAAGUAAUGAACAACAACAGCAGAGAAGCAAAAUAGAAACUGCUAAUAAUUAAUAAACCCACAUCAGCAUCUGUCCUGACAUCGUCACCCGAAAUCAUGCAGGAACUUCCCAGUCAUGGUCAUCAGAGACCAGAGGAGAACAAACUCAAAUCCACGGCAGCUCCAACCCUUCCUGCCGGAGCAAUUUUUAGAAACCGCACUCCACGUUUAAUCAACCUAUUGUGGUUGGACUUUCAAGGGAGGCAAGUGACACAUACCAGAAACGGAUUGAAAUCAAGGCACAAGAUGGCCAUGAACACUUUCGAAGGUCAUCCGUGGAUAUUCAGAGAUCACAUCACCGGCGACAAACUUGUCUGCUACACCGACGCGGAAUCGCAGAAGAGAGAAGUGUUUUUCCCGAUUCCAUUCAGCGAAGACUACCCACAUAACACUCAGGUCAACAUUAUUUUACCAGUCUACACCCUCAAGGAGAGAGCUCUCCAGGUUGUCAGAAGUUACAUCAGGAGUAAAGACGAUUGUGCAAAGUUACAAAUUCCAACCACACUUCAAUGUGAGCUCGCUAAUCCAGAUGUUUCCAUCAAUUGGUGAUGCCUGAAUUUCUUUUUACAGUGGUCACCAUGUGCGGGCGUUGAAUUUCUUUCUUGAAGGGGCGCAUCAA